AUGGAGGAUGCCUCGUCACAGGCGCCCUUCCAUCGGCUGCCCCCGAAUGUCAUCGAGCUCAUUCUUUAUGUCGCCGAUGCCAACGCCUUUGCCUCAUUAGCUCUGUUAAACAGGCAAUGGAGGCGGGUGUCAGAGUCCCCGUCACUCUACGCUCACCAUCUGGCCCAUUGUCCAUCCUUUGCUUGGACGAGAGGGGCUAUCCCUUGUCCCGGUGAUGCGGAUAGUCUGCCGGACCUCAAGCGCCAAUUUCUUGCAAAAGCCAGGCAAAAUGCAUUCGAUGUAUUUUUGCGGCCUCGAAAGACCCUGGUGCGGCUGAUUUCCAGCUCUAUGAGCUCGUCCACUGCCUUCCCGCAAGGAGAAGUAUUUCGCUUUGCCUUCUCGACAAAUGGCCGGUUGGUUCUUUGCAUAAGCUCGUCCAGGAUUGUCGUACUAGACGUGGCUACGGACCCUGUAAUUGUGAAACAUGAAUUUCAGACCCGCCGUCGACCUAUGGGUGCUACGAUCCAGGACGAUGGCUCCCUUUUGGCGGUUCUGUCUUCUACACACCGUGUCAAUGUUUACCGACUUGACAGCGACGGGGCUGAGCAUAUUCAAACGAUUACUUUGAAUGACGCCCCACGUGACUUGACAUUCUCCCCGACCGGGGGUGUGCUAGCUUUAUCUUUUGAGGACUCUAUUGAAGUUCAUGCUAUCGGAGAGGAGACCCUGUCAACAGAACGUCGAGCAGCACGUUGCCCACGUGUCGAUGCACUCUCUUUCUCGUCAGAUGGGUCCAUGCUGCUCGGGUCACCUCUUGAUUAUGCAGAGGAUGGCACAGUCGCCAUUACAGCCCCGUUUUACACAGAAUCUGGGACUGACGCUUCGCCACGAGAAGUCCAGAGGCGUAUGUGGACAACACAAAUCCUAUUUCCCGAAAUAGCCCAAGGAUUCACGCACGCUUGCUUAAUCGAAAACCAUGAUGAAGCGGACGAUAACUGGAUCAUAGGGUAUGACAUUCAGCUUGCGGCAUUCAGAGCUAUCAGAAUCAACAAUACCAAGUCGGGCUGCGUGUAUUUCGCUAGCCCGUUUCUGCCAGAAGAGACACGCGAAUUGUUGCCCACCAUGCUUCCCACUACCGAUGAAACUGGAGAACUUGUUGCAUUCGGGUUCCAGGAUUCAAAAAUUUGGGUAUACGGGGUUCCAGGGCUUCUGGACGCAAGUCAGACAAGCCUUAAUCCCGGAUCACAAACAAUAAGUGGCACUCGAAUUGGCGGCAAUCACCAUUAUGAAGGGCAAACCGCACCUCGAGAUAAUCUGGCCCAGCUCGAUAAAAUUGUCCAGCAACCCAAAGUUCUCGUUCGUGGGCGCCGAGUCACUGAAAUGCAUGGAAUCACCUCUAUUCGUUGGGUUAGGCCACUCCAAUCACCCAACGCAAGGCGGAGACUUGUUGCCGUGGCGCCUGGUGGCGUCCGUCCACAAGCCUUUGGCGACGAAGAUGUCCCUGUCGAUGGCGGAAGGCUUUUACUCCUAGACUUUGAAAGAUGGACUAAUCAUGGCGAGGACCUCGAACUCGAUAUUGAGGUUGGCGAGACAGCAGCAAAAAUACUCACAGAACCGGAUUCUUCCUUAGACACAGAGGUCGAGCUGGAGAGAAGGCGAACUCGCUUGCGCCGUCCUGAUACCGAUUCGUCGCUUGUCCAUCGGCCAUCAAUGCCUCCUUUUAGAGGAGCCCAGCGGUCUACGAGCCAAGCGCAGAUCCCAAUCCGUCGUCGCAAUAGCCUUGUGGCUCCCAUUCCCGGAGAGCCGACAAGCAGUGACGUUGUUGAUAUUCCAUAUGACAAUAUGCAGCCUCGUUCCCAAGAGACGCUCCAUCGUGCUGCCACCGCUACAGCAUCAACACGGGGGCGCUACGACUCUCGAUAUCGCAACACUCCUAGUCGCCGUCAAAUACCCCAUGAAAGCGAUGCAGACAACUGGGUACCGCCACCGCCGCCUUACUCAAAGGACCCGGACGCACCAUUGCCAGAGCACCUGCAGCAGACACUUCUUCCUGGGGUGUCUGGAGCUCCUCAAACACCCGGGGAUGCCACAGCUUUUAUACCAAUCCAAAGGGCGCAAAUCACUGUAGCAAGACCAGAUCCCCAAGACCGCCCGCGGCCUCAAUCAGCCAUUCUUCAAAGACUGGGCACCAUUACUGGCGCCAGGCUCGCUGGGAGAAAUAGAAGGGGCUCCACAACCUCCCCUGAGGACCCAAACCAAGAACUAGUCAAUUUCCUGGGAACGAAUGCGCCCCCAGUUCCUCAUCUUCCCCAGUGCGCUGCCGCUGUGAAUGGAUCCGCCCUAGUGAAUCAACCGCCUCAACGUCCACACACAGCAACAACCCCAAUUGUCCCCUUCGCCACAGGCCACAACACACAACUCCAACCCUUACCCACCCUUGCCGUCUAUCCAGCUGAAGAUCGGGCCCAGAAUUCCAUAAUGGCAAUGCCAUCCCUGGGAGCAACGAUGCUUGGCGAAGCCUAUCUACCCUACUCAGUCUCAUCCCCAAAUCUCCUGCACAUCCCCGAGCCAUACGGUAACGCCUUGGAUGUUGCCGAUAAUGACGACGACAUCCCCGCAAGGCAAAGGUCUUUCCGUCGGCGGGUCUCGACGGAGCCAACCAGCUUACCACCGUCAGAGAAUGAGGAAUGGCGGAGGCGCAUUGAGGAUUGGAAUGAACGUACCAUUCAGGAACGAAGUCGGAGACGAAGAAGCAAAUGCAUUGUCAUGUAG